AUGCCGCCGUCGAAUCGGCGCACAAGACCGGCGCGCAAGGCCGCCGAAGUGGCCGCAGCAGCCACCGCUACCGCAGCCGACGUGUCUGACGCCGACACUCCCGAAUCCAUCGCUACACCCUCGCGCACUUCUCGCAAGAGAGCGCGUGCCAACGACGCUCCUACUUCCAAUGGCCGCGCAGCUACGCGCAGAAAGGUCACGACUGCCCGCGCCAACGAACGCGAAGAUACCGAAGGCACCGAAGCAAAUGAACAAUCCGACGCAGAGACAGAACCCUCGACCCCUUCCGAGGUCGAUGUCAUCUCCAAGCUGAAGGUCUCGGACAAGCAAGUAAACGCGACACACGACUUCUCCAACGACCUACUCGAGGGCAGAGAGCACGUGCCUGGCUAUGGUAAAAUCGCCGGUCGCAACUGGACAUACAUCAUCCAAGGCGUCGAGAUCAACAUCGGCCGUCCCGAGUCACACGAGAAGGCCGAAACUCUCAACUCUCCCAUAAUCCAGUCAAACGACCCUUCGGCAAAGUCGAGAAUCUCCAUCGAUCUCGGUCCCGACCGACAGGUGUCGCGCCUCCACGCCGUCAUCUCAUACGAUAGCGAGCAGGAGAAGUGGUUUAUUACUGUCAACGGCCGUAAUGGCCUCAGAGUUGACACACAACUCCUCAAGCGUGGCAACCGCGCUGCUUUGCGUUCUGGUUGUGUUAUCGACAUUAGUGGCACUCAAAUGGCCUUUAUUACCACUGCUCGCCAUGAGGAUGAUGGCCCCGUUUUCGCUGAUGCGAUUGUCCGCCAGACCUACACAUCCGAGGAAGAGGACCACGAAGCCGACGGCCGCAACGGCAACCCUCCGCCAAACCCGUCGUCUCACAUGCCCGGUCCGUCCUCGUCAGUGCGUCGCCCUGCCCAUCCUUCAUCUAGCUUCCCCGAUGGAAGUACUGGCCACCGCGUACACCCUCAUUCAUAUGCAGGUCUGCAAUCACAGUCGUUCCCCAUACCGGGCACUCCGAUUCGCAACCACGGCAUGAAUAUUCCUACAUCACAGCGUACUCGACCAUCUCCUCUCUCCACUGGAGGCUACUCUCGCGGCGUCAUGCUCGAGUCGACCGAGUCUAUCGAUUACUCUGCAGACAGCGCCAAAGAUCUCAAACCUCCCCACUCGUAUGCCCAGUUGAUCGGUAUGGCUAUUCUUUCUACUGGUGAACAGCAGAUGACGCUCAACAACAUCUACAAAUGGAUCAUGGCGAAUUACGCCUUCUACCGCUACAGUACCAGUGGCUGGCAGAACUCGAUUCGCCACAACCUCAGUCUCAACAAGGCCUUCGAGAAGAUUGCCCGUCGCACCGACGAGCCUGGCAAGGGUAUGAAUCCUGCUCAACUGCAUCCGCCUUCUUCCGCUCAUCAAAAGUUGAAUGGCGCUGUUCACGCUGUCCCUAGUAAGACCGAGAAAAGCGACAGCCCUCCUAUGCACACCUAUCCGUCCUCGUACCCGACCGCAACCGAGGCUUACACGCCUGAUCGAGGUUCCCGCCGUCCCGUCAAAUUUGACGAAAACGACCCAGAGCUUGUUUACCCUCCUUCGGCGAAGAGUACUCUUAACCACCUAACUGCUGUUGCUAAUGCUGCUGGUUCUCCGCCUUCGCUUUACAUAAACGAUGACGGUCGUAUUGGACCGCUUGACACACCUUUUCCAGUGCGCAGCAGCCAAAAGCUGGCGCCACCUUCAACACUUCAACGUCCUUCGGCAUUCAUGGAGUUUUCCUCGCCCGCUCCUUUCUGGAAGUUCGGCUCAACUCCCUUGCGCCCACUUGCAGAUAUCAGCCCCUUGAAGGCAACACCAUUCUCGUCUUUCAAGCCUCUGGGGAUGGGAGCUAACGUGAAGAUUCUUGACGAGGAUGACAAGAGUGCCGUUGACAAGAAGAGCAUUCUGGACGAAAAGGAUGAUGAUAUGCCUGCUAUUCAAUCUAGCUCACCUCCUCGCGCAUCAGGUGUUCCUGAUCGUAUCGAUGGCAGCCCUACUCGCAGUAUUCCAAGACCGGCAACGAGCCACAGCCGUUCAGCCAAGCUCGAGUUUGACUCGGAGGAGCAUAUCGGUACCAGCAUGGCUCCUGAGAGCAACGAAAGAACUUCUUUCGAGCGCGAGACUUCUCAAUCGCAGAAGAGAGAACAAAGCGUCAUGACAAAUCCGUCUUUCAAUGCUCCUCAGCUGCAGCCUCCUCAACAGCAACAGUCUGAAUCUGAGCAGCAGCAAGAAGUUCAGUCAGGUAGUCAGCAGCAGCAAAUGCAGGCACAGUCGCAGAUGCAACAGCAACACGAGCAAUCAAGCAUGCCUGCACCUAACUCUAUGCGUCCUCCUAUGCAGACGCUGGGUAAUGGCAAUAACCAGCAGCAAGCAGCAGCUGCGCCCAAUACUAGCAACAUUCUCAACAGCCACGCUUACGCGACAAACAAUAUGAACGGCAUGCAACAGAACAUGGGUUCUCUCCGUUAUGGCGCAGAUACCGACGAUGAAGCUGGCAUUGAUCUUGCUAAGGGCUUCCAACCUAUUGGCACUUUCCACAAGAUCGGAGCAGCUAGAUUCGGCAUGGGCAUGGCAGGUCGUUAG